GAUGAGCGCUGCGGCCGGGAGUUUCGACGCAGGCCUGGGCCCGAUUGCUGUGGCCUUGUCGGACGGCUGAGAAGCUGGUGGCGGUGGGAUUGUGAGCUCUUCUCUCUUAUUUGCUCUUCUCCUCGACCUCCAUAGCGGCAGCAGUAGCAGCAGGAGAUCUCGUCUACGUAGAGAGAGUUCAGGUGAGCAGUGGAGCUCGAGCGGGGAGGCGCCAAUGCCGCGGAUGGGCCAGGAGGUGGUCGCAUCGCCGUGAAUAACGUUGGGACGGUGUUCGCCUUCCGCCAUUGUGCGGGUGAGAGUGUGGGUGGGCUGCGAGUCUCUGUCUCUCGUCCAGCUCCCGCUGCCGGAGUGGUCCGUGUGCAGCUCCUUAUGGUUUGAGCUUUGAAUUUGUUGGAAUAUGCGGGCAAUUUGUCGAUGGGGAUUUGGAGUAUGGACCGGAGACGAGUAGGCCUGGAGAGUCGAGCUGAAAUUUUACCGGUUCUCGCGACGGGCCCUUUGUGCAUUUGAGACGGGAAUUCUUUGUGAGCUCUCGGCAGGAGUAGGUCUGGUGAGCGUCCAUCGAAUUGCUUCAGCGGUUAUUUAAAAUUUGGCCUGGAUGCUCGGGAAAACCACGCCCAACAGGAUGAGGGGGUCCAGGAAUAAUGACGCAGUUCAUAAGAGGCGCGUCUUUGUCACGGUUUGCGCCACGGUCCUUAUGCUGUCCUUGCUUUCCAUUUACUACAGCUCGUUUUUCAACUCUCGCAUGCACCACGUCCAUGGUGACGGAAGCAGUGAGGAAGAGAGAGAAUGGGAAGGCGCCUCCAAGGUCGUUCGACGCCCCAAACCUCUAGCAGACGAUUUGUCGAUGGAUGACACCGGGGCCGACAAAGGGGAAGCGGACUUGGAUGUCGAUACUAUCAAUCUGAAAGAGGAGCGCCCCGAUGAAACGAAACGAAAGGCCGAUAAGUACGAAGCAGACGAUGACAAGGAUGACAGCGAUGAGAGGACUGAUAAUGACGAUCAAGACGCUUCCGCCGAAGAUCCCAAGGAUGAGGAGGGAAUAGACGAAGUUACUUUGAAAACUUUUCCUGUUUGUGACUCACGAUACUCAGAGCUUAUCCCGUGCCUCGACCAAUCCCUUCAAAAACAGCUGAAGAUGAGACUCAACCACUCUUUGAUGGAGCAUUUCGAGCGUCAUUGUCCUCCCCCUCAACAGAGACUGAACUGUUUAAUCCCCCCACCUCCCAACUACCAGGUUCCAGUCAAGUGGCCUGAGAGCAGAGACGAGGUUUGGCAAGCGAACAUUCCCCACACUUUCCUCGCCACUAACAAGUCUGAUCAGCACUGGAUGGAACUCCAAGGCGAUAAAGCGAUCUUCCCCGGUGGUGGCACCCAUUUUCAUGACGGAGCGGAUAAGUACAUUGCGAAUCUUGGCAAGAUGCUCGGGGAAGCGGACGGAGACUUGAGCAAAGCCGGAAAGAUCCGCACAGUCUUUGACGUAGGAUGUGGUGUCGCUAGUUUUGGCGCUUUUUUGCUACCUCUGGACAUUAUUGCCAUGUCAUUGGCCCCUAAUGAUGUGCAUCAAAACCAAAUUCAAUUCGCAUUGGAGAGGGGAAUCCCGUCCAUGCUUGGUGUGUUGGGAACGAUGAGACUUCCUUAUCCAAGUAAAUCUUUCGAUCUGGCUCAUUGCUCACGAUGUCGUAUCGACUGGCACAAGCGAGAUGGAAUCUUGCUUCUUGAGGUCGAUCGACUGCUGAGACCUGGUGGCUAUUUUGCCUGGUCGUCUCCAGCCGCCUACCGGGAGACCGAGUCAGACAGGCAGGAGUGGAAUGAAAUGACGACUCUUGUGCGCAAUAUGUGCUGGACAGAGGCUGCUAAAGAAGGACAAACUGUGAUUUGGCAAAAGCCCCUUACGAGUGAGUGCUACGAAGAACGUCUUCCCGGAACGCACCCGCCGCUUUGCAGCUCCGUGGAGGACCCUGACGCUGCCUGGGGGCUUCCAAUGAAGACAUGUAUCACACCUCUGACGAAAUAUAAUGAAGACAGUCUGGAGCCAUGGCCACAACGUUUGACAGCUCCUUCUCCAAGAUUGCAAGAACUUGGGAUUGCCGAGAGAACGUUUGAAACUGAUACGUUCGUAUGGCAACAAAGGGUCCAGUAUUACUGGAAGCAGUUGAAGAUCAACGGACAAAUUGCACACAAUGGUGUUCGUAAUAUCAUGGACAUGAAUGCAAACUUCGGAGGUUUUGCCGCGGCUUUAAAAGAGCAGGACGUUUGGAUCAUGAACGUCGUCUCUCCGUAUGGCCCGAAUACUCUGAAGAUGGUGUAUGACCGGGGCUUGAUCGGUACCCUCCAUGACUGGUGCGAGGCCUUUUCAACGUAUCCUCGUACCUACGAUGUCCUGCAUGCGUGGGACGUUUUCUCUAAGGUAGACGAGAGAGGGUGCAGCAUAGAAGACUUGCUCCUGGAGAUGGAUCGUGUAGUGCGACCUUGGGGCAUCAUAAUCAUAAGGGACAACGCCUCGAUGGUCAACCGAGUUGGCAAGUAUUUGAAGGGUCUGAGGUGGGACCACUGGUCUAAAGACGAUUUCGAAAUUGUCGAAGAUGCCCUUUCUCACGGAGACGAGAAGAUUCUGAUGGCCCGAAAGCGACUGUGGCAACCUGUGGAAUCAUUCUAACUUGGAUGAAGUUAGGGUAACUGCUACGUCACUGAUUCAUGUGUUGCGAAGUGAAUAUACCGAAGGUUGUCAGUCGUAAGAUGAGGAGAUCAAAGCAGGCUAUGAUGAUUCUGGAAUGACACCCAGAAGCCCCUCAGUUGUAGAGAGGUAAAUGCUCAACUUCAGCUUGUAGAUGGUGUAAAUUUGCCAGAUUAUAUCAGUAUCGAGUUGGUUAGUGAGGUUAUUCACUCAGUGUAUCCAAUUACAAGAGAUUCUUUCCCUCGUGCAACAGGGGUGCAACGAAUAUCAUUCUUUAUUUCCCCUCUCUCCUCUUUAGGUGUUCACCACCCCGUGUUACUAGAUUUCUGACUAGAGAACAUUAGAUUUAUUGAAAGGUACAGUUGGGGAGACGAAAGCGUGUUUCUCAGCGUACAUGGGUCAUUGUUUUUUGGCAUAUUUCAAUUGUACGAAUUAUAAACAAAUGCCAAAUUGAAGGUGGAAUUUCUGCCGACCUCAAUUCUUAUUCAAAUCUUUCUGUCUUGAUACGAGGUUGUCGUUGUGGAGACU